AUGGCUUCGACACUAGGCGGCAACGAGAUAGCAUUCUUCGACCUAGAAACAGCGGUUCCGACAGAACCGGGACAGCCUUUUACUAUUUUGGAGUUUGGAGCUAUCUUAGUCUGCCCUAUGAAGCUAGUGGAACUCUACAGCUACUCAACUUUGGUGAGACCCAUUGAUCUUUCUCUCAUCUCCACGCUCUCUAAACGGCGUAGCGGUAUCACGCGCGAGGGAGUCCUCUCUGCACCUACGUUCGUGGAAAUAGCUGACAAAGUCCACAACAUUCUCCAUGGAAGGAUAUGGGCAGGACAUAACAUAAAGAGGUUUGAUUGUGUAAGAAUAAGAGAUGCGUUUGCAGAGAUUGGUCAUUCUCCACCAGAGCCUAAAGCUUUAAUUGAUUCUCUUUCGUUGUUGUCUCAGAAGUUUGGUAAGAGAGCUGGUGACAUGAAGAUGGCAUCAAUUGCUAAGUACUUUGACCUAGGAGAUCAAGUACAUAGGAGCUUAGAGGAUGCCCGGUUGAAUCUUGAAGUUGUCAAGCGCUGUGCAACUGUCUUGUUUCUGGAGUCUAGUGUUCCUGAUAUUCUAACAGAAAUGAGUUGGUUUUCACCAAGGAGAAGUCCAAGAACGCGAAGUAACGAGAAGUCAUUGCCUAAUGAAGUUAAAGAAAGCUCUUCCUCGAGCUCUAAAACUGAUCAGAGUUUGUCUUCCGUGGAUGACACAGCUGAAGAAACCCAUCCCAUUGUUUCUCUCCUGACAGAAUGCUCAGAAAAUGAUACUUCUUGUGGAAUAGAUCCAUCUGAUAUAACCACUCUAAUAAGUAAACUAAACAUUGGAACUCUUCAGACAGAUGCUGCAGACGAAGCAGAAACUGUAACGAGACAGGAGGAUGAAAACUUCUUGGGGGUUGAUGAAGUAUCUGUUUCCAGCAUCAGGGCAAGUCUGAUCUCGUUUUACCGUGGGAGCAUAAGAAUGAAUCUGUUCCACAACGAUGACCCUCUGCAACUCUAUGGAAACAGUUUGAAAGUUCGGUUUGGGAUAAGCAGAAAGUAUUUGGAUCAUGAAGGACGAACAAGGUUGAAUAUUGUUGUAGACUUGCCUCCUGAUUUAUGCAAGAUCUUGGAUGAAGCCAAUGAUGUUGCACAUAGCUUAUCGGUUGGCUCAGGCACAGACUCAGAAUGGAGGCUCACCGUUAUGAGGAAAGAAGGCUUUGCUAACUACCCCACAGCCAGAUUACAAAUAAGCUCAGAAUCUAAUGGAACCGAGGUAUAUCAGAAAGAAGAAUCUUUGGAAACCAUUCAAAAGCUCAAUUUCAGCAAGGAUGAGUUUGAAGAGCUCGAGUUAGCAUUACUUCCUGGUACAUUGGUUGAUGCAUACUUCUUACUCGAGCCUUAUGAUUAUAUGAAAAAGGCAGGGAUACGUCUAGCAGCCAAAAAGUUAGUAAUUCACAUGAAGAAAUGA